GGUCACCUUCAAAAUGGCCGCCAUCGCACAGCGUACCGUCACCCAGGCCGGCGUUGCCACCAAGGCCAGCCGCAAGGAGGUGGUGGCAGUCCGCGCGGUCGCUCAACCUCGCCAGGGCUCCGUUGCUGGUGCUUUUACUUCGUCGCCCUCGGCUGUUGCUGCUCGCCGCUCGGUGGUGGCUAAGGCUGCUGCCGCUGUCGAGGCGCCUGCUAAGCCUGUGACCAAGAGCAGCCAGUAUGAGCUCUUCACUCUCACAACCUGGCUGCUGAAGGAGGAGAUGAAGGGCACGAUCGAUGGCGAGCUGGCAACCGUUAUCUCGUCGGUCGCGCUUGCCUGCAAGCAGAUUUCCUCGCUGGUGAACCGCGCUGGCAUUUCCAAUCUGACCGGUGUUGCCGGCAAUCAGAACGUCCAGGGUGAGGACCAGAAGAAGCUGGAUGUCGUGUCCAACGAGGUGUUCAAGAACUGCCUCGCCUCGUGCGGCCGCACCGGCAUCAUCGCCUCGGAGGAGGAGGACCAGCCGGUGGCUGUGGAGGAGACCUACUCGGGCAACUACAUUGUGGUGUUCGACCCGCUGGACGGCUCGUCCAACAUUGACGCUGGCAUCAGCGUGGGCUCCAUUUUCGGCAUCUACGAGCCGUCAGAGGAGUGCCCCCUGGACGCGAUGGACGACCCGCAGAAGAUGAUGGAGCAGUGCGUCAUGAACGUGUGCCAGCCAGGCUCGCGUCUCAAGUGCGCUGGCUACUGCCUGUACUCGUCCUCCACGGUGCUGGUGAUCACUAUCGGCAACGGCGUGUUCGGUUUCACCAUGGACCCGCUCAUCGGCGAGUUUGUGCUGACGCACCCCAACGUUCGCAUCCCGGAGGUUGGCAAGAUAUACUCAUUCAACGAGGGUAACUACGCCAUGUGGGAUGAGAGCGUGCGGGCGUACAUGGACAGCCUGAAGGACCCGUCCAAGUGGGGUGGCAAGCCUUACUCGGCUCGCUACAUCGGUUCGCUGGUGGGCGACUUCCACCGCACCCUCCUAUAUGGUGGCAUCUACGGCUACCCCGGCGACAAGAAGAACAAGAACGGCAAGCUGCGCCUGCUGUACGAGUGCGCGCCCAUGUCGUUCAUUGCCGAGCAGGCCGGCGGCUUGGGCUCAACGGGUGUUGAGCGUGUGCUGGACGUGAACCCGGAGAAGGUGCACCAGCGUGUGCCUCUGUUCAUCGGCUCCAAGAAGGAGGUUGAAUACCUGGAGUCGUUCACUAAGAAGCACUAAAUGUUGUCCAGUGGCGUGGGUGGAGUUGAGAGUUGGCCUGAUGGUUGAAUGCCGGUUCGUUUUUGCUGUUUCCUAAUCUGGCCUGAUCCGGACUUCGUGGAGCUUGGUGGGGCUUAGGUGCCGCUGAGGCUACUGGACGAAACCCAACGUGAGGUGACAUGAUGAUAGCAUUCCUGUGCGCUGGUCUCUGUUACUUCGCUGACGGUUUGUUUAUCUGUUGUGAGGGUGAAGGGGUAGGUCGUUGCCGGUUGGCGCGCCACGCCUGGAUUGACCGUAACGGCACUGAGUUUACACUGACGGUUUCCAGUUUUUUCUACGUCCGGCGUGGCGGUUUAUCUCCCCUGCAGCUGCUUGACUUCGCUCAAUAGCGAGGUCAUGUACAAUUUUGCGUAAGGGAGUUUCGAUAAGUGUCGCGCAGUGGGACAUAGAAAUUUUCUCCGCUGCACGGGUUCCUGAGAAGACACAGAUUUGUUCGCCAUGUCUACCAUUUCCUGCGAGCCUGAAAGUGUGUUGCUCUGGUGUGAACGAGGGGCUGCAAACACAGCUGUAUCCUAUCGUCGCCCCAAGCAUCGCGAAAUUUUUAUUGUAACGCUCAUGUGGGUGUUGUCAAGCUCUAAGUGGUUGUACUGCAUGUUUUUAGCUGCGGUACGUCGUUGGAACAGAUCUCUGCGCACAGAGCCUAGGUCAAGCUGCAACUUAUCGCGUGCCGCACUGCCGCCUGCACGAGUUGGUGCAUUUGGCAGGGUACCCCACCGCUUGUUAACGUCUCAGGUAGCUGACAACUUGCUGACAAUUUACAUGUAACAUGAGUAAAACCGG